CACUCGGGGGUUCCUGGAUUACUCUGUCUCCGCCGGUUACAUUAACCUCCCUCACUGUCAGCCCCCCGGCCCACCGACACCAUGGACUUCAACGUAAAGAAGUUCGCGGCCGAUGCUGGCACUUUCCUGAGCCGCGCAGUGCAGUUCACAGAAGAGAAGCUUGGCCAAGCAGAGAAGACUGAACUGGAUGCACACUUAGAGAACCUUCUUGCCAAGGCGGACAGUACAAAACUUUGGACUGAAAAAGUAAUGAAGCAGACAGAGGUCUUAUUACAGCCAAAUCCAAAUGCAAGAAUAGAAGAGUUUGUGUAUGAGAAACUUGAAAGAAAAGCACCAAGUCGCCUGAAUAAUCAAGAGCAAUUGGCUCAGUAUAUGAUUGAUGCUGGGAAUGAAUUUGGACCAGGAACAGCAUAUGGAAAUGCUCUCGUUAAAUGUGGAGAAACACAGAGAAGAAUAGGAGGGGCUCACAGAGAACUUGUGCAAACCUCCGCUAUAAACUUCCUGACUCCCCUGAGAAAUUUUAUAGAAGGAGAUUAUAAAACAAUGGCUAGAGAGAAGAAAUUGUUGCAAAAUAAAAGGCUGGAUUUGGAUGCAGCUAAGGCUCGCCUGAAAAAAGCCAGGACUGCAGAAGCAAAAGCAGCACAAGUAGACAGCCCUCUGCCUGAAGGAGAUAACAGCUUUAUGGUAAACUUGUCUUACAUGCUCAGCGUCUUGCAUGUAAAAUGGCUAAAGUCUGAACAGGAGCUCCGAAUCACUCAAAGUGAAUUUGACCGGCAGGCUGAAAUUACCAGACUUCUGUUAGAAGGAAUAAGUAGCACACAUGCACAUCAUCUUCGCUGUCUGAAUGACUUUGUGGAAGCCCAAAUGACUUAUUUUGCACAAUGUUAUCAGUACAUGCUGGACCUCCAGAAGCAGCUUGGCAGCUUCCCAUCGACGUUUGCAUCCAACAAUAAUCAGUCUUCCUUAACGCCUAUGCAAAGUGGUUCUCUUCCUUCAGUCUCUGCCGGCGCUUCAUUACCUGACAUGAGUAAUUCUAUAGUUACAUCAGGAUUCAUUGAACUGAAAGCAUCGAACGGCAGCAGAAAGGCCAGAGUUCUCUAUGAUUAUGAUGCUGCAAAUAGCAGUGAAUUGUCGCUUCUCGCGGAUGAGGUCAUAACCGUUUACAGUAUGCCUGGAAUGGAUUCUGAUUGGCUAAUGGGUGAGAGAGGAAAUCAGAAAGGAAAAGUGCCAAUUACGUACCUGGAGUUACUUAACUAAAUUGACUGAUAUUUCCCAAAAGUGCCGGUUUUUCAGAAAAAAAAAUUAUAUAUAUUUAUAUGCAAUUUAACUCCAGUAUAAGAGUCUUCCGUGUUUAUAUGUCUUAAACAAAUUUGAGCCAUAUGAAACUGGCCUCUGACUGAACUGCCAAUUCUCUUGCAUGGAACAAAAAAAUCCUUUAUUACAUACGUACAUUUUUAUGGUCUUACUCUCUCAAUUUGAAGAAAGUGGGUUUUUUUUUUCCCCUUUUCUACUGACCUUUCCUUAUUAACAAACAUUUGUCAUGAGUUAUGAAUUGGAAGUAGGGAUAUAAUUUUCUAAUGACUGUGUGGUUGGUGACCAGUUUAUUUUCUUUUCCUAUUGUUUUUCUAUGAGAAAUGUGGCUGUGUGCCAAAUCUUUUAUCUAAAGAGGUUGGAGUAGAGUGGAUUUGAAACCACGGUUAUGCUGUGGCAAACAUGCUAUUAUACCACUGCCAGAUUGUAGUUUGUGAAAAUCAGGUUUCCGUUUAAGGUUUAACAGCAGCUGUUACAUUUUUUUUUUUCAAUCAUCUGACUUUUUACAGGGUUACUACAUGACAUUUAAUUUGCAGAACUGCAACAAUUAUGAUGUACUAGACAAUUAAGGAAUAAUUUUCUAUGUUUAAGGGGACACUAUAAUCACCAGAACCACUGCAGCGUAAUGUUGUGAUUCUGGUGUCCAUAGCAUGUCCCUGCAGUGUUGGCACUGAAAGCGAUGCCUUUUGAGAGAAAAGGCAUUGUUUACAUCGCUGGCUAGUAACACCUCUAGUAGUAGUCACUCAGAUGGCUACUAAAGGUGCUUCCUACUUCAGUGCUGCACAGUGUGAAGCACUGGUGUUCAGCGUCUUCAUGCUCUGCAUGGAGACGCUGAACAUUCCCUAUAGACAUGCAUUGAUACAAAGCAUCUCUAUGAGGAGAUGUUGAUUGGUGCUUCAUAGUAUUUUGCUGCACAUGCGUAAUAGCCUUCGGCAUUGGAUUGCCUGAGAUCAUGAAGAUGGAUGAUCCAGCCAUGGAGGCGGGGUCUGCCGUAUUGAGACCAAUGCGACCUGGGAGAAAAGGUGAGUAAAAUCACACAGAGGGGCCCAUCACGUAGAUAUCUACUUCAGCACUACAGUGUCAGGAAUACAUGUUUGUAUUCCUGAAACUAUAGUGUUCUUUUAACCCAUAAUAUCAUCUGUAUGUCUUCAACAUAUCAUUUUAUUGGCCAACACCAUACUCUGUCACUUGGGAAUUUAGCUCAGUGACAAAGUAAAGUUACAUGUCUAUCUCUCCUUUACAGUCUCUUGUCUGUUGUAUAUUAGAAGCUUAAAUCUCCUGGAACUAACAUAAGGUAACGGGUAAAACAAAUAAAAAAAAUGUACCUUACAUCUUUUAGAAUGCCCUAAUUCAAAAUACUUUGUAAUGGUUACAAUGUUUCAGUCAUCUGCCAAAAGUUAUGUAUUGGGUAAGGUUAGUGUAGGUUUAAGAGUCUAAUCUAUAUAUGCGUUGGAUUGCUUGCAGGAGUAUAGAUUAAAACAUACUUACUUGAAGCUAGCUUAUGUUCCUCCAGGAUGACCGUUGCCAUUGAAAUACAAGCAUCCGCCUUAUCUCAAAUGGUCUGUGAGGCAUUGCAAAUAGUCCUGCAUGCUAGAUGCUAGAGAUCAUGACAUAGGAUGCCUACUACAUAACACAUGAAUGUUUAUUUUGCUUAGUGAAUAUAAGUGAAAAUAUGCCAGAAUGUAGUCGCAGCCAACACACACUCCAGUUUUUGUAUUGUUUUAUAAAUAUAUUUAAAUUUACUUAUAAACUAAAUAUAAAUGUAGGGAUUGAAACAACAUUGUUACAAUAUUAAGCGAAAAGAAUGCAAACGCUAUUGAAACAUGUAUAAAUGUAACUGUAAAAUAAAGAAUGAUUCCAUGGUCUUCCCACCUCCUUGUUUGUGCUAUAUUUGAUUUACAGGCAUUCAGUGUGUUUUUAUGGGAAGUGUCUUUAACUAGUCAAAAUGCCUUUCUUCUUUUGUGUAGGUGUAAGCUAGCUACUGGGUAUUAUACAGUGAUUUGUGGAAUAGCCACUGUUGAUUGAAGUUGCAUGAACACAUAUGGUUGCACAGUUCACUCAAAUUACAGUGUUGCUUAAAGGGACAUUCCAGACCCAUAGAGCACUUCAGCUUACUGACAUGCUUUAUGUGUGAAGUGUUGUUUUUUUUUUUUGUUUGUUUGUUUUGUUUCUCUUCCAUUAUACAGAAAGAGCAGAUUUCCAUCGAAACUGGGCAGUCAUAAAUUGACCUUGUUCUCAAUCAGAGAACUUCCUGAUUUAUUUAGCUCAAUGGAGCUAAACUGAAGCAGCAUGCAAUUACUUAUAGCACCAGCCUUGCUAAUGCUUCUCAUUGAGCUGCAUUGGGAAGCCACCGUAAGUCUUGGCUGGGUUUGAAGACGAGGGCUUGCAAAGGCAUCAAACAGGAGAUCUUCAGCUUUUGCAAACUGUUUCUUAGAUAUAACCCCAAUGGAAGAAAAAAAAAAUAUUUAAAUGCAUGUUUUUAUUGCAGGUAUAUCUACUAAACCAGGAUUUGUACUUUUUAUUUUUUUUUAUACUUGUGUUCCCUUUAAUUAUAUUGUUUGCUCUAUACAGUAGCUGUAAAAAAUGCUAAAAUUAUGCAUAAGACAAAUUGUACUUAAUGUGUUCUUAAAGCCGUUUCAUUUACUGAUCUGUGGAUGACUGAUUGUUUUUAUUUCUCAGAUUAAAUAAAUUCCAUUUCACCUGUG